CCACCAGAAAAAGCUUCAGGUUUAUACAGAAACAAAGAUGAAUCCCUAUGGAAGAACCAAGGAAGAAUUUGCAGGAGCAAGCUCUUCAUAUGCAGCAGCUUCAAUGGUUAGCGCUCAACCAAUGGAAGGACUCCACGAUGCAGGUCCCCCUCCUUUCCUCACAAAAACAUAUGAUAUUAUCGACGAUUCAGCCACCAAUCACAUCAUCUCCUGGAGUAGAGCCAACAACAGUUUCAUCGUAUGGGAUCCCCGGACAUUUUCCAUGACUCUUUUGCCUAGAUUCUUCAAGCACAACAACUUCUCAAGCUUUGUCAGGCAGCUCAACACCUAUGGGUUUAGAAAGGUUGAUCCAGAGAGAUGGGAGUUCGCUAAUGAAAGGUUUCUUAGAGGGCAAAGGCAUUUGCUUAAGAAUAUUAGGAGGAGAAAAACACAUGCACCUCUGCCUUCACAAUAUGCUUUAGAGCCUUCUGUUGAAGUUGGGAAGUUUGGUCUUGAUGGGGAGAUUGAUAGGUUAAGGCUUGACAAGCAGGUUUUAAUGGCGGAAUUGGUAAAACUCAGACAGCAACAGCACAACACUAGAACUUGCCUGCAACUGAUGGAAGAAAGACUUAGGAAGACUGAGUUGAAACAGAAACAAAUGAUGAGUUUCUUGGCCAAAGCAAUGCAGAACCCAUGCUUUGUGCAACAAAUAAUCCAACACAAAGACAGGAGAAAAGGACUUGAGGAAACAAUCACCAAGAAGAGACAAAGACGGAUCGAUCGAAGGUCCGUUGGCGUUGAAGCUAGUGGAGUAUUAAGAGCCAAAACUGAACCUGAGGAGCAUGAUAUUGGUGAGUUUGAAGUUACUGAGUUAGACAGACUUGCUAUGAGCUUGCAGGGAUUGAGUGAGAGCCAAAAUAUCAUAGAGGAGGAAAGCAAAGAACAAUAUGGCAGUAGAGAUAAAAGCCUUGAUCAAGGGUUUUGGGAUGAUUUAUUGAAUGAUGACAUUGACCAAGAAAUAUCAGCCUUGGAUGUUGAAGAAGAAAAUGAGGGAAAUGUAGAUGUUUUAGCUGAGCAUGGGUUCCAGUCUUAA